UCCUCGCCUCUCACGCUUGCAGUGGAGUGCAGCUCCUUCAGAUAUCUUUGGUGCAGCAACACAGAGUGUAUAGUCGAGCAGAGACCCAGCAGACAUGUCGGAGAGUGGGACUCAUGAACCAGCCUGGGCCGAGAACGGCAGCGGCGGAGGCAGCAGCAGCAGCAGCCCGACGAAACGAGCACCCAGACCGCCCGUCGGCAACAGAGUGACCGUGGUGCUCGGUGCUCAGUGGGGAGACGAGGGGAAGGGGAAAGUUGUGGACCUUCUUGCACAAGACGCGGAUAUGGUGUGCAGAUGUCAGGGCGGCAACAACGCAGGACACACGGUGGUGGUGGACUCGGUGGAGUACGACUUUCACCUCCUCCCCAGCGGCAUCAUCAACCCCAAGGUCACCGCCUUCAUCGGCAACGGUGUCGUGAUCCACCUUCCAGGCCUGUUUGAAGAAGCAGAGAAGAACAAACGCAAAGGAAAAGGUCUAAAUGACUGGGAGAAAAGGUUGGUCAUCUCAGACAGAGCACAUAUUGUGUUUGACUUCCACCAAGCGGUUGAUGGAGUUCAGGAACAGCAGAGACAAGAGCAAGCAGGCAAGAACCUCGGGACGACAAAGAAGGGGAUUGGUCCGGUGUACUCAGCUAAGGCAGCACGUAGCGGUCUCAGGAUAUGUGACCUGUUGGCUGACUUCACUCAGUUCUCUGAAAGGUAUAAAGGUUUGGCCCAGCAGUACAAGUCCAUGUACCCGACUCUGGAGAUCGACAUAGAGGGAGAGCUUCUCAAAUUAAAGGAAUACGAGGAGCGAAUCAAGCCCAUGGUGAGAGACGGCGUGCACUUCAUGUACGAGGCUCUCCACGGCCCUCCUAAGAAGAUCCUGGUGGAAGGAGCCAACGCGGCUCUGCUGGACAUCGACUUCGGGACGUACCCGUUUGUGACAUCGUCCAACUGCACGGUGGGCGGCGUGUGCACGGGUCUCGGCAUGCCACCUCAAAACGUGGGGAACGUUUACGGGGUCGUCAAGGCGUACACCACCAGAGUGGGCAUCGGGGCCUUCCCCUCAGAGCAGAGCAACGAGAUCGGAGAGCUUCUUCAGACUCGUGGGAAGGAGGUGGGCGUGACCACAGGCAGGAAGAGACGAUGUGGUUGGCUGGAUCUGGUGCUCAUCAAAUAUGCGCACAUGAUUAACGGCUUCACCGCCUUAGCACUCACCAAACUGGACAUACUUGACGUGCUCGCAGAGAUCAAAGUGGGCGUAUCGUACAAAGUCAACAACCAAACUAUACCUCACUUUCCAGCCAAUCAGGAGGUGUUGCAACUUGUGGAGGUCCAGUAUGAGACGCUGCCGGGCUGGAACAGCGACACCUCGGCCGCAAGAAGCUUUGAGGAGCUGCCUGAGAACGCCCAGAAAUAUGUCCACUACAUUGAGGAUCAAGUGGGAGUGCCUGUCAAGUGGAUCGGAGUGGGCAAGUCUCGGGAGUCCAUGAUCCAGCUGUUCUAGAGGAAGGGAGGGGAAACCCAAGUAAAGAGGACGCACAUCAGCAAAUCAACUGUACCCUUCUUCUUCACCUCACACAUGUCCCACAUAUACACACACACACACACACACACACACACACACACACACACACACACACACACACACACACACACACACACACACACACACA